GACCGGGAGGUCUGCGCCGUGGUUGUAAUAGCCCGUAGCGGACGUGGCGCUGUGCGUGUCAUCGGCGAUCUUCAACAAAGCAAGGACGUGAAUAGUAAUGAGAACGUUGUCACGCACCCCACGAACAAGGAGGAAUACUGUCUUAUACUGCUACAGUCCAAUCAGUCGUGUGCGAUUCUAGGCGCACCGUCGUAUCGCCUGGUGACCCGGUCAGCCCCUCGCCGUCCUCCGUCACAGCUGCCCCCUGUAUGCCCCCAGUGA